AUGGCGAAGAAAGCUGUUCCAACCCACGCCGGGAUGCCGUUGCUGGCUCUCUGUCUUCAGCUGGGGGCAGCUGCGGCAGGCAUGCUGAAAGCCGACCGUGCCCAGGACGGAGGUGGGAGCGGCGAGGACACCCUCAGUCACUCCCUGACGCUGGUGCAGCGUCUGGAGGCCCUGCUGGUUCAGGGAAACGGCAGCGACGUGUCGCUGAGGGUGGAGACGCCCAGCGCGGACGAGGUGAAGAUGAUCCAGGCCCACUCUCUGGUUCUCUCCCUGCAGAGUCCCGUGUUUGAGGAGAUGCUGUCGAGCCGCAACAGCAGCGCGCUGGUCCUGAAGGAGAGCUCCGACUGCGCUGCUGUGUUUGACAAGUUCAUCAGGUAUCUGUAUUGUGGGGAGAUUUCUCUGCGCCUGGACCAGGCCACGCCUUUACACAGGCUGGCCACUAAGUACCAGGUGCUGGGCCUCCAGCAGGGCAUCACCCAGUACAUGACCCAGAAUCUGGCCCGGGACUCCCCCUCGGGCCAUGUGGCGGGCUGGUACGAGUACGCCCUGCAGGCCGGGGACGUGACUCUGAGGGACAGCUGCCUUCAGUAUCUGGCCUGGAACCUGUCCGCUGUGCUGCAGAGCGGAGAGUGGGUGGCCAUCAGCAGCCAGCUGCUCAUGUCCCUGCUGCAGCGCUCUGACCUCAUCCUGCAGAGCGAGAUGGAGCUCUUUGAGGGGUUGGAGGCCUGGAUAAUUAAGAACGAGCCGGACGGUUUGACCGCAGAGAACGCUUUGAGAGCCGUGCGCUACGCCAUGAUGCCUCCACACGAGCUCUUCCGACUGCAGACCCAGUCCUCGGUCCUGGCUCGCUAUCAGGAGUCAGUGCGUGACCUGCUCUACAUGUCCUACCAGUUUCAUUCGGCCUCGCCGCUGCACAUGGCCAAAUACUUCGAUGUGAACUGCAGCCUCUUUAUUCCCAGGAACUACCUGUCCCCGGCGUGGGGAUCGCCCUGGGCCAUCAGCAACCCAACGCGCGACGACCGCAGCACCAGCUUCCAGACCCAGCUGGGGCCCAGCGGCCACGACGCCAGCAAGCGUGUGACAUGGAACGCCCUGUUCUCACCCCGCUGGUUACCCCUCAGCAUGAGGCCCAUGUACACGGAGACAGGCGCCAUGCAGCCGACGCGAGUGGAGGGAGGGCGCCCUCGCAUCAUCAUCACCCCGGCCACGUCCAGCGCCGAUUUUGCCGGGGUGAACUUCCAGAAGACCGUGCUCGUGAUGGCUCAGCAGCGGGGGAAGGUGGUGGUGAAACACGUCUACAACUUCCACCAGAGCACGGAGGAAAUCGGCGAUUUCUUAGCCAAAGCCGACCUGUACCGCCGGACCUCCGAAUACCUCAUCGACAGCUCCCUCCUCCUCCAUAUUGUGGUGAAGCCACUGUACCAAAGCCUCAUAACCAUCAAGAACUGA